CGUUAUCAGUUGACCGCCACAGCCACAGUCGACGAGGUUAUAAAUUUCCACAUCGAGAUGAGCACCGGCUUAGUUGCAUCUGGAAUUCGAGCCGAAGCUCUUGCAAGGGGGAACUGAAACAAAAAGUGUGAAGUUAGCCGCGAAAAAGGUUGCAGGUCAGCCGCAGGGCAUUUGUCCGCAGUGUCGCACAGAGCGAGAGUACAUGCCAGUGAAUCUGUGAUAGAAUAAAGGAAGCACUACAGAUAGACAUAACCCGGCAGCAUGGGAGUAGGGAACACGGCAAUGCUGGUGUCAGCUCUUCUAGUCAUCUACGUUGGAAAGUACUUCGUCGCAGGAAAUGCAAUUGAGAGCAAUUGCGUACUUCCCCUCAAACCGGACUGGUCCUUUUUCUCGCCCCUCAUCUUCAGCCAGGACGGAACACUGAUUUCGACGGAGAAUGUGAGCGACGAAACGGAGGACAUCACGCUACCGGUCGGCAAUGAGGUACUGCUGUCCUGUGCCCCCAACUACUUCCGUGAGUUUUCCUCGGAAAAAGUGCUGAAAGCCAAAUGCAAAAAGGAUAAGACGCUGGUCGUUAAUGGUCUGGAUAAGAAUUUCGUUUCGGAACUGUCCUGCGAGGUGCGUUCGAUUGAGGAGAUUAUCGUUCCGGUACGAGGAUGCCCGACGAGUGCUCGCUCGAUCGAGUACGGCUACACCAACCCUGUUCACGGCAAGUCAUACAUCCUCGGCGAAGCUUGCUACGAUGUGAAGCGAGGUCAGACUCUAUUCGUUCACACCAAGAUCAAGUCCAGAAGCAAUACCGUUGAUGAAUUGGCUCUGAAAACCAUCAACAAUGCCAACUACUUCCGCCAGGAACAUCCCACGUCGCGAUAUAAGAUUGAACUGAACAAAGCUUUGAACAUCAACGAUCAGGCCGAACGGUUCAAGGGUGUGUUUGGAAUUAAAAACGUUCCAAAAAUCGAAGCCCGUCGUUACGUGAACGAAGAACUACUCACGCAUAAGCAGUAUCAAGCGGUUCUAAAGUUGGCCUGGAACUAUCAGAUUGUUAAGGAUUUGGACGCCAUGGACAACUUUGACAACUUGGUCGACGACAUCACGGAACUGGAUGCGAAAGAAAUCGAAAUCUACACCGGAGCGCACGGUGUGCUGCAGCUGAAAGAUAAACACGACAACAAUGUGGACGUUUUCCUGAAAGAGAACCGGUUUCCAGUGCCAAAGUUCCACUGGACGGUGGUACGUUCCGAGGAAAAGGCCGUAGCGUUUGCCGUAUUCAACAAAGUGCAGCUGACGGAGAAGGAACGGGAAAAGGAUUCCUUCUGUCAAAGCAUCUGCGAUCAGCUGUCGUGGAUCAACUCGCUGAGGGAGAACGACUCCUACAGUAACCCAGCGCUCGGGUACGUUCUGUGCUGUGAGCUGAACGAGUUCCGUACGACGAUAAAGGAGAUGCCACCGAUAAGCGGCGUGAAAGACAUCCUAAAGUAGUGGUGCUGUUUUUGCCAUUCGUGGCCGUUCCUAGCAUGACACAUUUAAAAGACAUGAACAAAAAAGCGCUGGCAUGUGAUUUAAAUUUUUAGUUUUAUUAUACUAUUAAAUUAUGAAAAAAAAACCGAACCGAUGCGUAGAAUGCUCUCUUAAGAUAGGCAGGUGAAUAAAAGUACAACGUUUCUAUUUCA